AUGGAUCUGAGUACCUUUGGUUUGGAACAGUGCACCGCAUCCAGUAGUGGAAACGAUUGGCUUAUUUCACCUUCCCUCUUCGCAAGAUGCUGGAAGCACAUCGGGUAUUUAGACUACUACAGUUGCGUCUACGAAGAUCCAGACGAAGAUGAUACAAUAUCCGCUGUGCUUGCGACGAUGUUAUCGCGUCUGCACGCUAAGGAUCCAAUGUCCGUGGACAAGCUUCUGAACCCGCCGGAUGAGAACACAACUACAGAAGAUUCCACAGAUAAACACUUCUGUAGAGUUGGUGACCAAUAA